AAUUGGCUAAUGAAGACAUUAACUGUAUGUAAAUAAAUACAACAAUUGAAUAGCAAAAUGAACGCAUCGGACGACAAGAUAGUGGCCAACAAUGAGACCAACAACGAAGCAAAGCCUAUGACUUCGACCAGUGGUUCGCCGACAUCAGCGACCACUUCGGACUUCAAACACUUGAGUCAAACGAUAAUGAAUUCGUUGCAAUGGAUUAAUGAUUUCAGUCCGACUUUAAUCUUCCAAAACUUUAUGUUGUCUUCAAAUCCCUUCCGAAGACGAAACAGUAGUAAACAAACGACUGAUCACAACAUUAAUCAAAAUAAGACAAUGAGUUCAAUGCAAACAUUUGACACACCGGUGGCCAGACUUCUUAACGGAACUCUAAUUCCCACAUUAAAGUCUACUGAAUUGAUAGAGUUGGCCAACUUUGGCAUCGUUGAGAUCGAGGACAAAGAGAGUGGUGUUGGACAUGACUUUAGACUAAUCGAGACAUUAUCUGCCAAUUGGUGCGACAGUUGCGGUGAAUUUAUGUGGUCAUCGGUUGCUAAAAAUAGCAAAACAACAAUAGUUGACGAAAGCAAUACUUUAUCAAAAUCUAUUUUUGGUAAAUAUCUUCGCUGUUCUCAUUGCAAGUAUAUAUGUCACCCUCGAUGUCGAGCUUUAGUACGCAUUGACUGUCAGCGCAUAAAUGACACCAAUUAUCUGUUUCAACCACUUUCUCGUUCUUCUUCACCCAUUUUCUCUCAAACAUUAAUUAAUAAAAUUAAUAAGUAUAAUGAAAAACGUAAAAAUAUGGGUUCAGGUCUUGGAAUUACUUUAAUAGAUGAAAGCAAACAAUCAUUCCGAGGCUUUCUUCGGGUUCAUCUUAACCUUUGUCGACCAAUUAAUGUGAUCGCUGGCCGAAGACCUCCAUCUAUUUAUGAUAUAAUCAAUGACGAAGACACUAACGGAACAUUAAUAAAGAGGCGAACGUUAACUAGUUUUUAUAUGCCAAGAGAUACCGUCAAGAAUUUACACAUCACCAGUGAAAACACUAGUCUUUAUGUGAUUAAAGCUAUGCUUAAAAAGUUUAAAGUUGUUGAUAAUCCACAAAAAUUUGCACUUUAUUUGCAAACUAAAGAUCCGGUAACUGAUUUGACUUUACUUAAACGUAUUGGAGAACAGGAGAAACCAUUAGUUAUACAAUUGGAUUGCGAUGAAGAUGUCGAUGAAAAGCAAAUAGUAUUACAAGAGAACGAUACGGGAGAUAUCGCUUGGGAUGCCUUUGAAUUGCCUGAACUCAACAAUUUCAUCAAAAUCCUCGACAGAGAAGAAAAGGAAUACUUGACUGAAAUCUAUAUGAGAUAUAAACUAUUAAAAGAUACCAUAAAUACAAUUAUUGUCGCUGAAGAACAAUCUAUUGAUUCCAAAUUAGAUGUCUAAAUAUAUAAGACACGAAUUAAUUGCACAAAUCAUAUAUUUGUUAAUAUAUUUUGAUAAUGAUUUACAAUAGUUAAUAAUUGAAGUGAUAUUUCCAGUACUAUUAAUAUCAAUUUUAAAUUUAGACUUUGAUUUAUAUUACCUGCAGUUUUAUUGAGUUUGGUUUAUUGCUUAAAAUAGGUAUUACCGGUAAUUCAAUUUAUUAAUAAUGAAAUUAUCACAAGUACCGGGUAAUAUUUUUUUAAUUGUCUUAAAUUUUAAGCACCUAUUUAGCACUUAUUGUACGGUAUUAUUAUUUUAGUUUUAUUGUAAUGUAUUUAUUUUUGAAUUAUAGUUUCAACACAAUUGUUAUCAAAUUAACUAUAGAUUUAUUUGCAGCUCAUUUCUAAACAAAUAUAAUAUUUAUAUUGAAUUUAUAUACAAAAUACAAAAAAGGAUAUAUAUUUCCUAAAUAU